AUGGAGAUAGUCAGUAUGUUUAUGAAUAGGGCGUGUAACUUGGGUAUUUUUCAUGGGUGUAAGCUUCCUAAUAGAGGCCCAGUUAUUUCUCAUCUCUGCUAUGCGAAUGACGUCCUCUUCAUAGGGGAAUGGUCGGAAAAAAAUAUCUUAGCUUUAAACUGUUUAUUAAGAUGGCUGAGCUUAGUUACCGGUCUUAAAGUUAAUCGGAGCAAAAGUAAAUUAUAUGGAGUGGGUGUUUCGCCUUCUGAGGUCUCUGCUUUAGCGGGGGUGGCAAAUUGCGAGGCGGGUUCCUUUCCUCUUCUGCACUUAGGCAUACCCAUUGGAGUUAAUAUGAAAAGAGCUAAAUUUUGGAAGCCGGUGCUUGACAAAUUUUCGGCUAAGCUUUCCAAAUGGAAAGCGAGACAUCUUUCUUUCGCGGGCCGUAUGACUCUUGCAAAAUCUGUUCUCGAUAGCCUCCCCUCCUAUUUCCUUUCUUUAUUCGCUGCCCCUAAGUGUAUUAUUCAAAAGAUGGAAGAGAUUAGAAGAGAGUUUGUGUGGGGUAAAUUUGUGUCGAGCCACAAGUUGAGAUGGAUCCGGUGGGAUUUUAUGAUGCAAUCGAAGAAACUGGGAGGAAUGGGGUUAGGGAGGAUUCAUUAG